AUGGGUGUCGUAAUUGAGAGCUUUGUUUGGGAACCAAGCUCAAGUUUCUUCGUCUUCUUCUUCAUUUCCACAUUUCUGUCGAUAUCUCUGUUUCCCUACUUCGCCAAAAACAGAACUUUCACUACCUUUGAUCAUACCAUUUCCUCUUCUUUCGCUCGCUUCCAGAGAUGGUUUCUAGCUAUCUACACUCUCUCUUCAGUGAUGGAAGGUUUAUGGUUUGUGUAUGGAGAAUUGGAGUUGGCUUCUUAUGGAUUAAGUAAAGAAUCGAUUGUGUUUUAUCUAUGUGUUGGAUACUCGACCUCUCUUAUUCUGGGUCCUUUGCUUGGUGUGCUCUCUGAUCUCAUAGGUCAGAAGAGAAUUUGCCUACUCUAUUGCUUCUUGCAUUUCAUUGUUGGUGUGUGGAAGAGGAUUACGAUGAGUCCUAGUGCUUGGUUUGCUAAUGUUUGCUUGUCACUCGCUGGACUCGUGUAUUCAUUUGGGUUUGAGACUUGGCUUGUUGUGGAACAUGAAAAGCAAAGUCAGAGGAAUGAUUCGUUAAACGAGACGUUCUGGUUGAUGACUUUUCUCGAGUCUGCGUCUUUGAUUGGAAGUCAAGUUCUUGCGAAUUGGUUUGUGGAUGUAAAUGUUCAGCGUGGGAUUGCGUUGUCUGCUACGGCGUCUGUGUUCUUGUCUGUUGUCGCCAUGAUUUGUACCAACCGGACGGUGAAAGAGUCUUUGAAGACGCUGUCGCUUAAAGAUUAUUCAGCAGCUUUCUAUGCGUAUGUUCUUGGUGAUAAAAGAAUAUGGUUUCUAGGAACUUCACAAGCCUGUCUCCAGUUUUCCACUGCAGUCUUUUGGAUUCUUUGGGCUCCAAUGAUAGUGGCGGAUGGGAGAGAAGUGAACUUGGGAUUGAUAUAUCCAUGUUUCUUGGGAUCAAGAAUGCUUGGGAGCACAGUAUUCCCAUGGCUUAUGAGUGGACAAUCAUUGCUCCGUGUCGAAGAUUGCUUAGUCUACAUCUACGCUAUACUUGGUGUUGUCUUCUCUAUAAUAGCCUAUGAUUAUCAGGAAAUCCGAAUCUUGGUCAUACUUUUCUGCUUAUUCCAUGGCUGUUCUGGAUUGAUCCUGCCUUUGCUUGCAAGAUUAAGAACAAUGUAUGUACCAAAUGAAUUGCGUGGAGGGAUGAUAAGCAUCUCUCAAGUCCCAGCUAAUGCAGCUAUCUUGUUUUGCUUAAUACAGAGAGGGUACUCCAACAAGAUCGAGAAUUCAACGAUGAUGGCUCUUGCUGCAGUUUCGUUAUUCACUGCAUCUGGUUGUAUAUAUUUACUGAGACGAUGGGGAAAGUCACCACACCAUGACUGGCACAAACUAUGA